AUUUGGUUUUGGUCUAUGGUUUUUGUCAUAGACAAAAACUAUAUUGUCUAUGAUGUAGUGGAUGCUUAUUUUUCCAACAAAUAUUUGCUUCUGUCAAAAAACUGUCAACGUCAACAACAACUUAUAUAAACUUUUCAGGUUAAUUUGUAUUUCUACACUACAUAAAUUUAUACAAAUUAAUAACAAAAUGGCUUGUAAUUUAAUAAAACGAAUUGCACAUGGAAAGUAUAUAAAAUUGUUUUCAAUUUCUCCUGCUAGAUUGAUGAGUUCUACAAUGAUAGAUCCGCCAGACGAUUUAUUCACUGUUCCCAGACCGGCUUCCAGGGAAAACGAGCCAAUUGAACAGAGAAGAGCAAGGCUCUUAUACCAAUCCCGAAAACGUGGUAUGCUGGAGAAUGAUCUCCUUCUGAGUACUUUUGUUGCUAAACAUCUAAAAGCAUUUGACAAAGAGCAGUUGGAGAAAUAUGAUAGACUAAUUAAUGGACCUUCAAAUGAUUGGGAAUUGUACUAUUGGGCUACAAAUAUGAAGGAAACUCCAGAAGAAUAUAACCAUGAUGUUAUGGAUCUAUUGAAGGUGCAUUGUCAGAAUCUGCAUAAGGAAUCCAGAAUUAGACAACCAGACCUUUAAAAGAGCUUUCAUUAGUAUUAAAAAUCUAUUAAUGUAUUAAAUUAUUGUAAAUAGAUUAUGUAGUUAAAAUGUU